GAAAAUCACAGUCAACAUUGCUAUUGUUGUCACAGCUGAAAGGUGAAAGGAAUAAAAAACAAUUUCAACUGCAAAGUGUAUAUUAAAAGUAGAACAAUGAAUACUUUGUUGUUGCGUCAUCAGCUGUCGCUCAAUUAUAGAAAAUCCUUUGCGUUUCCAUGUCUGCAAUGUGCGCUGGGAAAUGCAUUGAAAUCGCGAGGAAAUGACAAAUCCAUUGACAAGGAGCAGGAGUUAAUUGAGAUGCGCAGAAAGAUCAAUGAGCUUAGAACAUUUACACUCGCUUCGGCAUUAUUGGGAUACUCGAGUGAGACUAAAGUGGAGCAGAGUACUCGGAAAUGGUCAAGACUAAGGAACGUAGCGGGUAUAAUGCAGGUUAUGACCAUGUCCACCAAGGACGGAAGUAAAAUUGUAGAUGAUGAAAGCAAUUCAGACACAUGCAAGUCGAAAGAGUCGUCGGAGAAACCGAAGACAAACUUUUGCUCAGAAAAGAUACCUUCGCUACAUUCCAUGUCCAAGCCGGAAGCAACUGUGCUGAGAAAAGAGCGAAUGCUGGCAUUGAUUAAGAAGAAGCAAAGUGAAAUGAUAACCAAGGAACCCGAAAGGACGAAAGAGAUUGUUAAAUACAAGGAGUACACCAAAUUUCCAGUGCGUGCUGAAAGAAAUCCAACAAAAUUCCCCUUAAACGAGAGAUUACUUGAAACCAAAGAUAGCGAAUUGGCUGAAGUACUUGAGGAAGCCAAGAGGAAAGCUGCCAAGACGAAGACUCUCAGGGAACCCAACGAUUUUGCAGCCAGGGAUUGUGGUAAAACCGAUAAGAAGUCAGUGACAACUGGGGAUAAAUAUGAUAAUCUUAAAAAACCUUCGGGUUCAAGAUCUUUUUCGACAUCCGGACCGCCACCGACUGCCGCCAAGGAUCUUCCACCCGGCACACCGCCACCGCAAACGAAGACCACUUUUGGCCCCUUGGCAGAUGCGGAUAGGAUAUUCACAAAUCUCUAUGGACGCCACGAUUGGCGACUGAAGGAGGCGAUGAAGCGUGGCGAUUGGUACAAAACCCGGGAGAUUGUGGAGAAGGGUUCACCGUGGAUCAUCAAUGAGAUCAAAACGUCCGGGCUGCGUGGUCGCGGUGGUGCAGGAUUCCCAAGUGGCUUGAAGUGGUCGUUUAUGAACAAACCACCCGAUGGUCGCCCCAAGUUUCUGCUGGUGAAUGCAGACGAGGGUGAGCCGGGCACCUGCAAGGAUCGCGAGAUAAUUCGCCAUGAUCCGCACAAGCUGAUUGAGGGUUGUCUCAUUGCCGGAUGCGCGAUGGGGGCCAACACCGGCUACAUCUAUAUUCGUGGCGAGUUCUUCAACGAGGCCUGCAAUCUGCAGUACGCCAUCCUGGAGGCCUACAAGGCGGGCUAUCUGGGCAAGAAUGCCUGUGGCUCCGGCUACGAGUUCGAUCUCUACGUGCAGCGCGGCGCCGGAGCAUAUGUGUGCGGGGAGGAGACGUCACUCAUUGAGUCCCUGGAGGGCAAGGCGGGCAAGCCACGGAAUAAGCCACCUUUUCCGGCGGACAUCGGCGCCUUUGGCUGCCCCUCGACGGUUACCAAUGUGGAGACGGUGGCUGUGGCGCCCACAAUCUGCAGACGCGGCGGCAAAUGGUUCGCCAGCUUUGGACGCACCCGCAACUCGGGCACAAAGUUGUUCAACAUAUCGGGGCACGUGAAUCAUCCCUGCACCUUCGAGGAGGAGAUGUCCAUGUCCACGCGUGAACUGAUUGAGCGGCAUGCGGGCGGAGUUUGUGGGGGAUGGGAUAAUCUGCUGGCCAUUAUACCCGGUGGUUCCUCCACACCUUGCAUACCGCAAAAGGUGGCUGAGACAUCCAUCCACGACUAUGAUGGACUGAUGGCUGUGCAAUCCUCGCUGGGCACCGGCGCCAUGAUUGUGAUGAGCAAGAAUACGGACAUUAUCAAGGCAAUCGCACGUCUCUCCGAGUUCUACAAGCACGAGAGCUGCGGCCAGUGCACUCCAUGUCGCGAGGGCCUCCACUGGGUGAACCUCAUCAUGCAGAGAUUCGUCACUGGCCGCGCCCAACCCGCCGAGAUCGACAUGCUCUGGGAGAUAACCAAGCAGAUUGAGGGGCACACCAUUUGUGCCCUGGGAGAUGGCGCCGCCUGGCCACCGCAGGGACUCAUCCGCCAUUUUCGACCCCUCAUCGAGCAGCGCAUGCGAGAUCGCGAAGCGUGCGACAAGGCUGAAGCGGAAGCCAAGGCUAAUCAGACCAAAAAGGCCCCAUAAAUAUCAAGUGUAAAACAUAAUUUGCAGUAAAAUAAAAAUACAGUGGGGCAAAUACGAUUUAUGUGCCUGCAAUUCUUCAUGCAACAACGACUUCCGUUGCCAGUUGCCAGUUUCAGUGCCAGUUAACACCAAGUGAAAGUGCCGGGUAAUUUUGAAUUGUUGCACGUAGUGCUAAGGCCACAAAUGGGGUGAACGACGACAUGUGGCAAGUCGAUUGAAAGUGAAGUUAAAAGCGUUGAAAUGU